AUGGCGUACCUUGCUGAUUUUUUCACUGAAAUUAAUAGUCUGAAUAUUUCACUGCAAGGAAAUGAAACGAAUAUUUUGACGUUGCAGGAUAAAAUCGCAAGUUUUUUGCGCAAAUUGGAACUUUACCAACGCAGAGUUCAAGCUGGUGAUGUGUCAAUGUUUACACAACUAAGUGAGCAAUUAGUAAAUAAUAAACAAGAGAAAAUCUCGUUUGAAAAUUCCGUGGUUCAACAUUUAACUGCCGUGAUAGACUCACUGCAGCAAUAUUUUCCGAACAUGGACAGUCGUGAGUCCUACUCCUGGAUUUUAAGACCAUUUUCUACUUGCGUCGAUAUUUUCAAGGACGAAGAUGUGUCAGCGAAAGUAGAGUUUCUCGGGCUGCGUGAGAAUAACUCAUUGAAAGUUGAUUUUCAAAAUGAUAAACUAAGCACAUUUUGGCGAAAAGCAGCUGCAGAAUAUCCCAUUAUAGCUGACAGAGCUUUAAAAAUGUUGAUUCCAUUUGCUACAACUUACAGAUGUGAAACUGUAUCCACUACCACAAUUUCAAGAAUUGUGCCGGAAGUAUGCAGUGUUCUAUUCGAAGAACUAUGUCAUUUCAUACAGGUUCCAACUGUUCCCAAUGGAUGGAAAAAAAUUGCUAAUUACUGCAAUAAUUUAUGGAAUUUUCCGAUGUGUCUUGGCAGUAUGGAUGGCAAACAUAUAGUAAUUCAAUCCCCGAAGUUCAGCGGAAGCUGUCAAGGUCGCAUCUCAGAUGGUGGAGUUUUUAAAAAUAGUGGAUUUGCAAAAGCACUAGAUAAAUCAAUGCUUAAUUUCCCACAACCAACUAUAUUACCUGGCCGACAAAAACCUGUUCCAUACGUUUUGGUGGCAGACGAUGCAUUUCCUCUGUCUGAAAACAUACUUAAGCCUUUUGCGGGGAAUCAGGAUCGUGGGUCAAGGCAGCGGAUAUUUAAUUACCGUCUUAGUAGGGCAAGGCGAGUUGUAGAAAACGCAUUUGGCAUUUUAGCAUCAGUUUUUAGAUGUCUUCGAAAACCUAUGCUUUUAGAACCAGAGAAAGUUGAAAAAAUUACAAUGGCUUGCGUUACUUUGCACAAUUUUUUAAGAAGAAAUGCACAAGCAAAAGAUCUCUAUACUCCACCAGGAUCAUUUGAUGCAGAAGAUUUAGAACUUGGGACACUAACUGAAGGGGCCUGGAGAAAAGAUUCGGAAGUGCUUCAAUCAUUUUUGCCUAUAAAAAAAGUGGCAAGAAAAUCCUCAUAUAUAGCUAAAGAAAUUCGAGACGAAUUUAGUGAAUACUUUGUGUCGGAAAUUGGACAAGAUCCCAUGGAAUAA